AUCAAAAGUACAAAGAGCCGCGCGCGUUGCUUACUCACUCGCUGCAGUCGUGUUUGCUGUGUUUAGUCUGCACAUAUUAUGUCUGCAUCUGACGAUGAAGAGUUUGCAACCGGAGAGUCUGGGGCUUCGAAAACAGAGCCAAAACAGUGCAGUUCUCUGAGAAAAGGUGGUUACGUAUUGAUGAAAGACCGUCCAUGCAAAAUCAUGGAGAUGUCUACAUCAAAGACUGGAAAACAUGGCUCUGCAAAAUCGCACUUAGUGGGAAUUGAUAUAUUCACUGGAAAGAAAUAUGAAGAGAUAUGUUCUUCAUCACACACUAUGAAUGUGCCUAUCAUCACACGUAAAGAAUAUCAACUGAUGGACAUCAAAGAUGGAUUCUUAUCACUAAUGGGUGAUGAUUUCUGUAUAUUUGAAGACAUUCCCGUUCCUGAUAAUGAAGUUGGAAAGGAUUUGCAGGCGAAAUGGAAUUCUAGAGGAGAAAUGGACAAUGUGAUUGUAAGUUGGUCUGUUUAUAAUGUAGUUUUUCCUAGGUUACUGUAGUAACUGCCAUGGGCGAACAGCAAGCACAAGCUUUCCGUACUUCUUCAGACAAGUAAACAGAGACCCAUUUAAAUAUAAAUUCGAACGGCACUAAGUAAAUUUUUUAAUAUAUUUGAUACAAAAUAUCAGUUUCUACAGUGUUAUUCAAAUUAGACCUUAGUACCAUAGUCAAUAAGGCUUCACUAUCCGCUUAAUUGUUUCAGCGUCAUACGUGGCACCGACGUGUUCAUCCCAUGCUUUUCUACACUUAGCGACAAUCCAUGUAUGCUCCUCAGGAUCUAGUAUACUCAUAGUAUAUCUUAAAACCUACCUGCAUUUCGAAGAAAACGUCCGUUAUAAUCUGUUAUAAUUUUCGUCAAUGGAUUGUAAAAACCGUCACCAGUGUCGUAGCAUCCGCUUGGUAUUUGUUUUCUUGGUUCUUUGUCUACUAACUGUGACCUUCCUAUAAAGUAGAGAAAUAUGUUAAUGCUUAAAAUAUGAUUAAUUGCAAA